AUGAUGCACUGCUAUUAUAAAAUUGCAAAAACAAACUCUGUAUUUGGACACAAAACACAAAGACCCGCAACUGUACAAGUGUCAGAACAAGACCAGGGCAUUAAAACUAUUCAUAUCCCUAAGACCAUAACUGCUGCUCCAUUUUUACAGCACCCAAGCCUUACACCUGGACAGAAGCGUUUUCUGUAUAGUAUUGCAGAGGCCUACAGUAAAGAGCACAUGCGACAGUUAAUAUGUCAACACUAUAUGAAUGUAUUACACCGCUGUAUCAGGACAGUGCCAGAUGCAAGUGUGAAUCUAAAUGUGAAGGUGCAGAUGUCAACAUACACUCCGCAAGAAGAGCACACGACAAAUUCCCAAAGUGCACCUAAGAGCAAGACGAAAGAAAGUGGAAAAAAAAAAACAACUUUACCAAAAAUUGCGAAGCAUCAAAGAAUGUCCUCUGGAUUAGCAAAAUCAAACACGAUACAUUCAAGAAAGAAAAAGACUAGCAAUGCAAAACAUGCUUCGUCACGGGAAUCGCAUCCAUGGGAGGACGACUUUGAAUGGGACUCUUACCUCGCUGGACACAUGAGUGGCCUAUCUUUCAAUGAAUCGGAAGACGACGAUGAGGACUUUCUAUUCCUUAGCUAACACAUCAAUCUAGGUUUUAUUUGUCACCAUCGAAAUCCAAAUAUCAAGAUCAUUCUUAAAACGUACCCAGUUUUAAGUAAAAAGCUUCUCCAGACAUUUCAAAAUAGUCAUUUUAAUAAUGUGCAUUCUGUGUUUUCUUAUAAAAUAAAAAACAAAACAAAAACAAAAUUACACUGCUUAUGUGAUGUGGGGUUUUAUUUUAUGAAAGAUGACUUGACAUGGGCCUUGAAAAAUUAAUGGGGCACAUAACAUAUGUAGAAGACUAAUUCACUAACAUUAUGCAAAUAAUGCAGCAUUAUUGCAUCCUCAACAACCAUCUGCCAAAACCACAAUGCUGACAUUCCGGUGACAUAUAAACAG